AAAUAUGAGCCAAAUAUUCGUUAUUCCCUACACGCAGGAAAAGAAAGUAUACUCCGAAACGAUACUAAACGACUUACAAUUAAUCGAUUCCGUAAGGCAAAACAACAUAGCUCAAACAAAAUGCCACCUCCUUAUCCUAAUGGUUGGUAUGGUAUAUUAGAAUCGUGUUUGCUUAAAGUGAGUGAGGCAAUUUUUAUAUCAUGUUUAGGAGAACAAUUAGUCGUUUACCGCACUCAAAAUAAUAAAGUAUUUAUUGUGGAUGCAUAUUGCCCCCAUUUAGGAGCAAAUUUAGGCGUUGGGGGACGGGUAGAUGGAGACUGCAUAGUUUGUCCUUUUCACCAAUGGAGCUUUCGAGGAUCGGAUGGGAAAUGUGCAAAAAUUCCUUAUAGUGCUUCGGUUCCCAGAUCCGCACAGGUAAAAAGCUGGACUUCGCAAGAAAUUAAUGGAUUUAUAUUUGUUUGGUACCAUGUCGACUCAACCGAAAAACCGUGGAGUCUUCCAUUAACAAUUAAUGACGACCAAUUUAUUUACCAUGGCCGUAACGAAUUUUUUGUAAAUUGCCAUAUUCGAGAAAUACCAGAAAAUGGAGCUGAUAAUAUACAUUUUAAUUCAAUUCAUAAUGAAUGUUUUAUGUCUGGAAAAAUGGGCAAAAGCAGUAAAUUUUUUCAAUACUGUCACCAUAAAUGGAAUUCAAGUUGGAUUCCAUCGAAAAAUUACAAGCAUUUCGCUGAAAUAAAACUUAGUCAUGCCUUGCAAAUAUUUGGAAAAUUUUACUGCUUUAGAAUGGAUAUAUCAGGGUUGCAGGUUGGGCCUGCAUACGUUUGCAUGGAAAUAAAUUCUUCAAUAUUUGGUACAUUUCGAAUUUACCAAACAAUUACACCAAUUGAACCUUUAUUGCAAAAAGUUAUUCAUCGAUUUUAUGGUCCACGUUGGUUAGCUCCGUUCAUGAAAAUCUUUAUAUUGGGUGAAAGUAUUAUGUUUCAACGUGAUGUAACUAUAUGGAACCAUAAAGACUUGCUACAAAAUCCAGUUUUAGCAAAAGAAGACACAUCAAUAAAAAAAUUUCGAAUGUGGUAUUCACAGUUCUACACCUCUAACAGUAAAUCCCUUACAGAUGAAGCUAUAAGUAUUUGGUAAUCUCGAGUGCUACCUCGAGAUAAUAUUUAUCGUAUUUUUCUUAAUGUAAAUAAAAUAAAAGGGUGUUUAUUAUUCACUCGUUUCACUCGGGUC